UCCUUGUGCGAAGUUGACCUGUAUCUGUCGCUGGGAGUGGACAGAGUUUGGCCAGAUGGAGACCGGGGAUAGUGGACCCCCGAGCAGUGGUGGAGCAGUGGUUAAGGUUGAGGAGGUCCAAGAAAUCAAUGGAACGGGUAGCACCACACCGGAAUCUGAGUGUGUCGGUGACGCAUGGGAAGGUGGCAGCGGAAUGCUUACGGCAAAUGCAAGCGAGACUUACAGUGUAUUAAUGGCAGAGCUUCACAAGGACAUAAAUACAUGUGGUUUUCCGCAUAAAGAGGAGCUGCUUGAAUUUUUCGGUUCUAGGCUGAAGCCUUUAUUAGACAAAUUUGCCAAUGGGAUGUCCAAGGUUCACCAACUGUCUGAGCAGCUUCAGCUGGCUCUGGAGGUUGCAGAGACACCCUCCACAGAGGGGAAAGCUGGUUGUGAUAGGCAGUCAAAACUGUGUGUGGCAUCGCUGCAUGAUGUCCUCUACAAGACUGUCUUUGAAAAAAACACGAAUGUCUUGCAGGACUACUUGAUCUCCUCCGACCGCACUUGCCUGCUGUCCAACUUGGAGGAUCUGGGAAUGGAGCUGAGAGACUGUAAACAGAGGCACCAGAUGACCGUGCAGGGCCUGCACCAGUCGCUUCACGACAAAGAGGAGCAUGACAAGGCCCUCAUGGCCCAGCAGCAGCAGAGCCUCCAGUCCUAUGAGUCCCAGGUCCAGUGUCUGCAGCAGCUCCUCCAGGUGUUAGAGGGGGAUGUGGAGGCACUGCAGCGCACCUUACAACUGUCCCAGGAGGAGAACAAGCGGCUGAAGCAGGAUUUUGACGUCCACGGAGAGGGCGUCGGCGUGCUGAGAGAGGAGCUUGCUGGCUGCGAGGCCUGCGUGCAGGCUCUGCGUCAGGAGCUUCUGACCUCACAGGAGUGUGCCAUGCUGCUGCAGAAAAACCUGCAGGCCUCGGAGGAACUGUGCGGCUCCCUGCAGCAGCACCUGGAGAUCUCAGAGAAGAAGGUCCAAACGAUGCAGGAGGCCGCAGAGCUGUGGGAGGGCCAGGCCCGGGCUGCAGAGACCCAGAUCCAGCAGCAGAAGGAGGACCUAACAGCAGAGCAUGAGCAGGAGGUGAAGAGGAUCACAGAGGCCUUCUCAGUCGCCCGGGAGAAUAUGGAGAGCCAGCAGCGGGAAUCCCAGAGAGCUCUGGAUGAAGCAAUGGAGAGAGAGAGAUCCCUGCAUGAAACACUGACGGCAGAGAAGGACAAGCAUACGAAAGCAAUACAAGAGCUUCAGGAGGGUGUAGACAGGGCCAACCAGGAAAGGAUUGAGGUGGAACAGGACUUGCGUGGACAGUUAAUAGGUCUGAAAAAACAACUUGUGGAUGAACUAAGCAGAGCAAACAAAAAAUUGGAGGAAUCAGCAAAGCAUGAAAGAGAACUCCAAAAUGUUAUCUCAGAUCUAAGACGGGGCUUUAGACAAAAAGAGUGCAACAGCUCAGCUCUAGACUUUCUGCGCCAGAGGCACCGUGAUGUGGUGAGAAUGCAGCGCCUCAUGGAGGCCAACAUCCAGUCCUGCGCCCCCGCUGCAGUGGCGCUCUCUCACAGUGGCCCGCUGAGGACCCAGAGCAAUCUUCUUCAGCCACAGGAACAGCUAUGGGCCCAGCCGGAAGAGAAAGCCCAUCUGGACUCUGUCAUGAGUAAGGAGGAGCCAGAGCAGCGCGCGGACGGCCCGCUGACACAGGACUGGGAGGAGGUGCUCAGGAAGGCUGAGCAGUGGCAGAAAGAGGCUCAAUUGAUCACUGAGGUCAAAGGCGCCUGUGACAUCAGAGGCAAAAAUUGUGCUUAUUCACUGCUGUCUAUGGAUUGUCACAAAUUGAAGAGUCGCAACAGUUUGUACUCCUAUAAUGAGGUGAACAGCCUUGAUUAUGCAAGGUUGUGUGGAAAAGCGAAGUCAAAGGAGAGAGACACUAAUAAUGGACAAUUCGCACCAUCCAGUACUGUUACCCAGGCUCGUGCACACACUGCAGUGUUACACAGACCGGUAGCUGGAGACAUCUGCUCCUCUCUUGACACAAACCACGACUCGUUAAUAUCUGUCCAGAGCAGGCUUAGAAACCUGCAGUCAGUCGAUUUUCAGAAUAGAUUGAAGGAGUUUCUUCACAUGCCAUGAUCUUUCCAAUGAGAGCCAAUGACGUCAAUAACGUUUAUACAAAGCCCAUUUCAAUUAAUUAAUAAAAAAACUUGCAUCAU